UAUGUUGCAACGUCCGGAGGCGGUGUGAGUUGGGAGGACUGAGGUAAUCCUCCAAGUUCCCAUAAUCCCCGGGACAGGGCCGCCGAUUUCACGUGUGAGCGGUGGUGUGUACUGAGCGGCUGCCUGUUGCGACCGAACAUAAAGAAUGGCAAAAAGUUUAAGGAGUAAACGGAAGCGGAAGAUGCGAGCAGAAAAACGGAAGAAGAAUGCACCAAAGGAGCUUGCACGUCUGAAAAGUGUACUGGGAAUGAAUCAGAGUGGUGACAUUAAUAUGAAUGAUAUUAAAGAAAUUGCAACUGUCGUCUCUUCUGAAAAACUCCAACAGAAGCCAGCUGCAGAAAACGAUGAAGCUUCUAACAUGGACGUAGACAAAAAAAGGAACAAAAAGACAUUUUUGGAUGAACAUGGACAAUAUCCAAUAUGGAUGCAUCCAAGACAAAGAAAGAAGAUUAAGUACCAAUUGAAAAAGAAAGGAAAAUCAAAAUGUCCAAAGGGAUUAGCGUGGUAAAUAUGUGAAAACAAAGUACACAAGAACUUGUUUUUAUGUUUUAAGAAGACGGGAAACAGCAAAAGAUUCGGCAUUGAAUGAUAUGCUGACCGAAGUAAUAUCACAAUACAUUCUCCGGGAAAUGUAUGCUUCAUGUAAUCCUAAUGUAUUCUGCAUCUUUCUUAAAGUUUGUAGCUAACUUGAACAUUAAAAUAACAUUAAUCAGAAAAUGUUUCAGAUUAAUUGACACAGCAGGUUUAUAUACACUAGCUAUUAUUUGAUUUUAAUGUAAAUGCACUAUAAAAUGUAAAAAUGGGGGAAAUGUAAUAAUCACAAAGGAAAAGGGGAGAUAAAACAUUUUCCUGUUCCUACCACUGCUGUAACUUGCCUUGUACGCGAAUCCCCACUACGUCAGAGAGGCAUGGAGGGAAAUCAUUGGCUAACCGGAGAAACUCCGGAUGCGACGUACCUUUCCUAUCAGAAAGUAGCUAACUUUUUUGAAUGGGGGCGGGCUUUAUUUCAAAUACAUACAAACUUUCACAUGGUACUUUGGUUAUUGCAUGGCAGGGCUGUGUUUUAAUAUAAUUAAAGUACUUUGUCUGCUAUACCAGUUAUACAAGAUACUCAUUUGCCUGUAGUUUUUGUAUUUUUAUGAAUGACUCACUGUCAGCAAAUGAAUUCUGAGAUUGGUAAAAAGCCCAAGAUCAUACAAAGGGUGAUAGCUUAACUAAUGCGAUUGCAAGGUGAUUUGAUCUGGGCUGAAGGCUGCUCAAUGUUACAGAGAAUUUGGAAAUGCUUGUCAAAUGCAUCUUUCAGUCAGGACAUAUUGCCUGCCUUCUGGGAUAAUUGGAUCAUGAUAUAUGACCAUUGUUACAAAAUGAUUACAAAGUUGGUGCUUUGGAAAAUCGACUAGCUUACUUAGCCAUGACUGCUCAAGGAUAUGUUCAAAAUGAGGAUACGCUAAAUUGAUAUUGCAGUUAUUUACUUUAUUGAUAAUGCAUACAGAAUAGAAAUAUUCUUCUAAAAAUGUUUAGAAUAAGUACUGCAUGUUGCAAAAUAUUAAA